GUCUAUGGUAUACACUAUGGAAUCUCUCGUAUCUUCGAAUUAAAGAUUAAACAUUUUUAAAACCAUGCUUUAAGGAAUUUAUGUAAAUAAUAAGAAAUUUAUAAACAAUCUCUAAUAUGAAUCAGAUAAAAUCGUAUCCUUUCUAGCACUCGAAACUUCAAAUAAAAUGGCAGGACUAGAGGAAUAUAAUGUGAGAAAAAUAUACGGUUUCGAUUCAAGAACCGGAGAUAUUUGGAGUGAAAAUCAGCAAUUUCCAAACGAAAUUUCUGAUGAAAAUUUCCCGCAGCAAAUACCAAUAACCUUGAAAGAAUUAUCUCCUAGUGACGAAUUGGAAGUUAAAAGAUAUGUUGGAAUUUGUGUGGGGCUUGUGAGUUUAAUUACUGAAAAUUUAUUGUGUCAUCCCUUUCUUGUGUUAAGGAGACAAUGUCAAGUACAUUACAAUUCCAAACGUUAUCACAUUAUCCCUGUGACACUUGUACCUGUAAUCAUACAUUUACACCAGCGACAAGGAAUUACUACACUAUGGAAAGGUAUUGGAAGCGUUCUGUUAGUUCGAGGAAUGAUUCUUGCAGUUGAAGAUUUAGUUUCAAAAAUAACACCCUGGCCAAAGGAAAUAACAAUAAACAGCUCACUCAAAUCUUUUGGGCAACAUUUAUUAUUGAAAUGUGUCAGUUUAUCGAUAAUUACACCAUUUUACUCAGCAUCAUUGGUAGAAACUGUACAAAGUGAUAUUGCAAGUGAAAAACCAGGAAUUUUAGAUGUUUUUCGAGAAGGUACGGUAAGAUUAUUAAGUUGGGGUUCACCGAACAAAGGUAGAAUGUUACCCGUUUGGUCCUUAGUCAUUCCGACUACAACGUUAGGUUUAGCCAAAUAUGUAUGUGGACUGAUUGUUAGUGGAGCUUCAUUUCGAAUUAUACAAGCACGUCAACGGCAACGACAAGAAAAACAAGGGGCACUUUCUAAGGAUAUUUUAUCGCAGUCAGCAAUACAAGAUAUUGAGCUAAAUUCUACUCUAAUCGGAAUGAUUGUUUCGGACGUAAUUUUUUAUCCAUUUGAAACUAUCUUACAUCGUUUACAUUUGCAAGGAACUCGAACAAUUGUGGAUAAUUUGGAUACUGGUUAUUCAGUUUUACCAAUACUUACCAACUAUGAAGGUGCUGGUGAUUGUUAUGAAAAAGCAGUAUCUACCGAAGGAAUAUUUGGAUUGUAUAAAGGUUUUGGGGCGUUGUUAUUCCAAUUUGCUGCUCAUAUUGCUGUUAUACGUUUAACAAAACUAAUCCUUACAGAAUUAUCAGAAUUAUUUAAAUCAACACCGAAAGUAGAACAAAAACCACCGUUUGUAGUUGAACCAUACCCUAAUCCUUAUGCGUCCAACGAGUCAUAUUUUAUACCGUAGUUGAAUUUAAGUUUAAUGUGAUUAAUAUUAUUAUGCAUAGAUAAUAAAUGUGUUUUUUUUUAGUUCACGUUUUAAAAAUGUAUCGUUAUUGUUUAUUUAAGUUAAAAGUACUUAUAUCAGUUUCUGUUUUAUAUAUAAGCAUUAAAAAAUAUUGAUCAAUUCUUUUCUAAACU